AUGGGCAAUUCAGUAGUCACAAAUGGUAAUAAGGCAGCUACAGUUAAGGUUAUCAAUGUUCUUGAUACCAAAUACACUUUAGCUAAGGGAAGAAUUAUUGGUCAGUGUCAGAGUGUCAAUGUAUUACCAGAUAGGCAAAUAAAGAAAGUAUCACAAGUUAGUGUUAAAAACUCGAAGGUGCCUGAUCAUUUAACAGAUUUAUUUGAUCGCAGUAAAACAAACCUCAGCUCUGAGCAGCAGGAUGAGCUGAGAGAUCUCCUGUACUCAUACAGAGAUACAUUCGCAAAAGAUGAUGAUGAUCUUGGUGGAACUAACGUUGUUAAACACCGCAUCAAUACUGGUAAUGCGAGACCUAUCAAACAGGCUCCAUGUCGUCAGACGCUUGCGAAGCAAGAGGCGGAGGAGAAAGAAGUGGCUCGAAUAUUAGAGCAAGGUGUAAUCAGUCUCUCGAAUAGUCCUUGGGCUUCCCCGACAGUUCUUGUCCAACGCAAAAGAUUCCUACCCCCUACCUCGCAUUGCAGACUGAAUUGA